AUGGUGGCGCAUCACCAACCAGUCUCCAACCCCAACGGAUCUGCCACCCCCUUCCACAAUAACAUCAACGUUCCCGCCAUUUCCUCUCCUCCUCAACAAUCUGGCGACCUCCACGCGUACGUUGACCCGGCCUUGCCUAGUAUUGACAAUUACCAUCAAAUCGUCUCUCUUAAUAAUCGAUCUCUCGCUGGAAGCAGCACCAGCAACCCCAACUCCACUCCCGCUAUCUUGCGGUCCGCUUCCCGAAAACCGGUGGGGUCCCCCAUCAUUCCCACGGAACCUUGCGGGGACUCUGAUCGCGGGCGCAAGCGCUGCUCAAAAUGCCAUUGCAAGCAUAAGGAAUGGAAUGGGUCGUAUAAGACAAAAAAAGACUCGGCUGGCAAUGGUAGUGGUGAUGGAACGCAAAACUCCGAAAAUUCCGAAUACGAUGAGGACGGUGAGAACGAUGAGAUUGAUGAGAUCGAUGAGAUCAACGGGGAGGAUGAGAACGACGAGGAUAAUAAGAACAACAGGAAUGGGAGGAAUGAGGAGAACGGGGAGGAUGCUGCAAAGUAUCCUCAGCAGGGAUCAGACCCCGAGAUGCCUAUGUCUUUCGACUUCGAGUGA